CGUUGAAUAGAAGACGUGAUGGAUGAAGAAUUAAAAUGCCCCGUUUGCGGUUCUCUUUUCAAGGAUCCUAUUCUUUUACCUUGCUCGCACAAUGUGUGUUUGGCGUGCGCCCGAAAUAUCAUUGUACAGACCCCAGAAGGCGAAACACCACCGCAAAACCGUGCCUCCAACUCGGACUACGAUUAUUUGGAUAUGGACAAAAUGAGCAUGUAUAGUGAAACGGACAGCGGUUAUGGAUCAUACACGCCGUGCCUCAAGUCUCCAAAUGGGGUGAGGGUGUUUCCUCCGACUCUGGUGCACCGCCACUGCUCCAUAACGUGUCCUCUCUGUCACCGUAGUGUCUCUCUGGAUGAGCGGGGGCUGAGGGGCUUUCCACGUAACCGGCUACUGGAGGCGAUCGUGUCUCGGUAUCAACAGAGCCGCUCUGCCAACGUGAAAUGUCAGCUAUGUGACCGCAACCCUGUCGAUGCCACUGUGAUGUGCGAGCAGUGUGACGUGUUUUACUGCACACCUUGCCAGCAGCGAUGCCACCCUUCCCGUGGACCGCUGGCCAAACAUCGAUUAGUGCCACCGACCCAAUCGCCAGUUGCAGGAGGACAGCAGAUGCCCACCGCCACCUUGCGCAAACAGGGAACAUGUGCAGACCAUGACACGGUGAACUUUAGCAUGUACUGCAUCAACUGCAAGACUCCAGUGUGCAUGAAGUGUCUGGAGAGUGGCAAGCAUGGGAGUCACGAUGUAAAACCUUUAGCGGCCAUGUGGAAACAGCACAAGUGUCAACUGUCCCAAGCUUUGAAUGGUGUGUCGGAUAAAGCCAAGGAUGCCAAGGAAUUUCUGGUGCAGUUGAAGAACAUGCUUCAGCAGAUACAGGAGAAUGGGGUGGAGUUCGAGGCCUGCCUGGUGGCUCAGUGUGACGCCCUUAUUGAGGCUCUGACGCGGCAGAAAGCCAAGCUCCUCACCAAGGUUACCAAAGAGAGGGAGUACAAGCUCAAGGUGGUGCGUGACCAGAUCACUCACUGCACUAUGAAGCUGCGUCAGACCACGGGCAUGAUGGAGUACUGUCUGGAGGUGAUCAAAGAGAACGACCCCAGCGGCUUCCUGCAGAUCUCCGAUGCGCUGAUCAAACGUGUGACAUCGUCUCAGGACCAAUGGGUUAAAGGGGCUCUGGAGCCCAAGGUGGGCCCUGAGUUUGACCUGACCCUGAACACCGACCCCCUGCUUCAGACCAUAAUACAGCUGGACUUUGUCCAGAGCAAAGUGGAGUCUGCCACGGUCCCCCCGGCCCCCCUGCUGCAGCUGGAGAAGUGCUGCACCCGCAACAACAGUGCCACCCUGGCCUGGAGGUUCAGUGUGUCCCCUAGCAACUCCAUUGAAGGCUACGUCCUGGAGCUGGACGACGGCAACGGGGGUCAAUACAGGGAGGUGUAUGUAGGGAAGGAGACCGUGUGCACCGUGGACGGCCUCCACUUCAACAGCUCCUACAACGCCAGAGUCAAGGCCUACAACUCCACCGGGGUGGGGCCCUAUAGCAAGACUGUGGUGCUGAAGACAUCUGACGUGGCCUGGUUCACCUUCGACCCCGCCUCGGCUCACAGGGACAUUGUGUUGACCAAUGAGAACCAGACGGUGAGCUGCAACAGCUAUGAUGACCGUGUGGUGCUGGGGACUGCCGCCUUCUCCAAGGGGGUACAUUACUGGGAGCUCAUGGUGGAUCGCUAUGACAACCACCCGGACCCAGCUUUCGGGGUGGCGAGGAUCAACACGAUGAAGGACAUGAUGCUGGGGAAGGAUGAUAAGGCCUGGGCCAUGUACGUGGACAACAACCGCAGCUGGUUCAUGCACAACAACUCCCACACCAACAGGGCCGAGGGGGGCAUCAGCAAGGGUGCCACUGUGGGCAUCCUGCUGGACCUGAACAAGCACACUGUAACGUUCUUCAUCAACAAACAGCAGCAUGGCCCCGUGGCCUUCGAGAACCUGGAGGGAGUCUUCAUGCCUGCUGUCAGCAUCAACAGGAAUGUCCAGGUUACCCUACUAACAGGAAUGGAGGUGCCAAAGAAUUUUAAGCAGCAGUAGCCUCCUAAGGUGUCCUGGCACAGUCCCACCAAUGUCAAAAUGUACUCCUCCUGCUCCAUCCCCAUCUGUUCUUGCUACUACAGCAUAUCUUAUGCUGUUUAAUGCCUACGAUCAAAUAUCACCCUUGGAGGGAGUCUUAUAUACGAGGGACAUUUGUAUAUAAAAUAUUCUGUUGUUUUUGUAAUUUUCCAAGUCCUAAUUGCAUCUCAAGCCGUACAAUCAGAUUCUGUGUUUACAGUCAAAAUGCCACAGGGUGCUUUAAUGAAGUGCAUCACUAGAACGAAAUCCCAUAUGAGGGUAGAGUCAUGAGAUGUCCUACAGUACCAUUCCUCUACUUCUCUUCUCUCAGGUUCCUUCAUAGAGACAUUCUAUACUCCAAUUUCUUUAUAGGAAAUCAAUAGAUGGGUUAAAUGCAUUCAAUUGUACAACUGACUAUUUAUCCUCCUUUCCCUUCUCAUUCAAAAGUUGAGAAUAAAAGAGCUUUUCUUAGACACAUUAUCAGUGAAAUACUGUCUUUGCAACUUUACAAAGCCUUUCCAUACCAGAAUUGGAAUAAAUUCAACUUGAAAUGUGCUUAUUUGAAAAUGACCUAUGGGGAUUUUAUACACUAUACAUUUAAUUUAAUGAAAUUGAAUUCACCUCCAGCAUAGAUCGUCAGAUCUGUGUAAAGGACUAAUCAGAGGACAAACGGUACCUACAAUUCUGUCACUAGAUGACAAAUCUUGGUUCAAAGUGAAGCCAAACCACUGUGACAUUGAGAUGUAACAUAGCCAUGUAUAUUUUGUCAAAUGAUUUAAAAUGCAAAUAUGUAUCUUUUUUCAAACAAUUUACUGUAUAUGCAUUGGAUUUUACUACACUAUUGAAAUAUUUAUUAAGAUGGUGUAUGCUCAUGUGAAUAAAUAAGUAUUGUUAAAGGUAUUGUAAAGCAGUUAGAAAUAUUGUAUUGACAGACCACUAGAGGGUCAAGAUAGUAUGUAAGGACAUUGUAAAUAUGACUAAUGUGUCCUAAGCAUUCUAAGCAAACUAGUUUACUAAACUCCAUCUGUACAUAGUAAAACUAUUCCUAAAACAGUGAUAUGCAGAAGCCUUUCAAACUACCUAGUACAGUAAAAUACAUUUGCCCCCUAGAGUUUGAAUUCAAAACUACAGCAUCACUUUUAAUAAAAAAAAAAAGAAGUGUUUAAUCAUUUAUGUGACAAUUUAAUAUCUUAUGGGGCUCAAGCACAAUGUCAGAUGACAAAAUUAAAUUUAGAGGGUUAAGCAGUGCAUUUGUGAUUUGUCUGAGGGAGCCUUAAUGGAAUUGUAGAUACUAGGCAGGCUUAUUAUCCCACAUGUACAUUUGACCAUGUCCCCAUAAAGUUCACAUACUGGUAUAUCAUUAAUCAUAAUUAGAUGCAGUUAGGAGUUGUUUUGUAUCAUAUUCUGUAAUUCUAAUUUUUUGAACAUUUUAAUCUCCGACUGCUACUAAAAGUGUUGCUUCAAAGUGAUGUACCCUUGAUCCAAAAUGGUAAUAGGUCUUUGGAUUAAGAAUAAAGCUAUUGUUAUUAGAAUAAAACUUCUACUCCGAGUCUGUGUUGAAGCAUGGUGGUACACCCUUGGUGAAAAUGAUUUGUACUGUUCUUGUAUCCUCGCUUGGUAAAAACACCAAAUAUAGUUAUGCAUUGUUGAAUGGUCUUAGAAUCUAAUGUUGGGUUUAUUUAGCUGUGUUUAAUGUUCUCUGAACAGAGCCAAUGCCUUGUACAUUAAACAUGUUGAUAUGAUGUAGAGCAGACUGUCUGAUUACAGAACUAUAGUAUGUCCAAAGCUAAAAUGUGGAGGUGACCAUUCCCAGGGUACAUAAAUUAUAUUGACUAAAGCCAUUUUGUAUAGACAAGCCAAUGUAUCAGGUUGCAGACCAUAAUAUCAAAGGAAUAUUUGUAGUAAAUUCACAUACUAGCUUAUCGUCUCUAAAUGUCAUAUUGUAGUGUUUGGCAUGCAUUUACCAGCCUGCUUCUGAAUGUGAACACCCCCCCCACACACACACACGAAAGAAAAUAGUGCUAGAAACAGUCAUGACUGUCAGAUUACAAUUUGGUUUGAAUCACCCUGCCUCAAGAGACUGACAGUAGACACAUUUAUUUCAUCUAUUUAUUUAUAAAUGUAUACUACAUUUCAGAGGUUUAUUUUGCCCACGUUUACUGUUCCCACCCUCAGUAUGCCAUGUGGGGAAGGUUGUUGCCGUGUCUGGGGGACAUCCCUCUUCUAAACACAGGCAUGCAACUCAUGCCCUGGGGUCGUGACUAGUUCCCUCUCACUGCCACACUACCAGAGAACUAGGCAGGGUGCACCACCAAACCGCAUAGGGAAUGUCAUCUGGUCCAUUAGGACACUGGCAUCCGUGUC